AUGACGACCAACAUUUCCCACAACGGUAUUAAUGGUGGAUUUCAACCAGGAGUGAUAAAUGGCAAUAUUGGGAGUGUGACAAUCGGUCAAACGGCCUCAUUAGAUCAAGAAUGUCUCAGGGCUCUACGAACGACCGAUCCUCGCCACGACAAAGAGCGUAUCAAGGAUAGCAAGGGUGGUCUACUCGAAGAUUGCUAUCGAUGGAUUCUUGAGAAUCAGGCAUUCAAACAAUGGCAAAACAGCCAAAGCAAUCGUCUCCUCUGUAUCAGGGGUGAUCCUGGUAAGGGCAAGACGAUGCUUCUAUGUGGGAUCAUCGAAGAGUUACAACAGCUAUCUGGAGAUAAUGCGACCGUCUCGUUCUUCUUCUGUCAAGCCACCGAUAUACGAAUUAAUAGCGCCACGUCUGUUCUACGCGGGUUGAUUUAUUUGCUUAUCGAGAAGAACCCGUCGCUACUGUCACAUGUGCGGUCUCAGUACGGAAAGGCUGGAAAGGCCCUCUUUGAAGACGUUAACGCAUGGAGUGCUUUGACUACAAUCUUUAUAAGUAUCCUCGAAGACUCAUCCUUAAAAACUACCUAUGUUAUCAUUGAUGCACUGGACGAGUGUACGAGCGGUCUCGAUUUGCUUCUCAAGUUGAUUGUCCAGAAGUCCGCAGCCUAUCCGCAGGUUAAAUGGAUCAUAUCUAGCCGAAACUAUCCCAUUAUUAUCAAGCGCCUCAAUUCUGCUACUCAGAUAGCUCCAAUCUCAUUGGAACUAAAUGAGGCAUCUGUGUCUAAGGCUGUAGAAUUAUUUAUUAAUCAAAAGGUGAAUGACAUCGCAGGUACAGGAGAAUAUGAUCCAAAAACGCGCGAAACAGUCAGGGAUUAUUUGCUGUUAAACUCGCGGGGUACUUUUCUAUGGGUAGCCCUGGUCUGCAAAGAGCUCGAGGAAACAGAAUGGUGGCAUGCCGAAGAAAUUGUUCGAACGUUCCCUCCUGGACUCAGUACACUCUACCGCCGAAUGCUUAAUCAGAUUUAUGAGACACGGGAUGCAAAUAUUUGCAAGGAGAUUCUAAGUAUCAUAUCAUUAGUGUACCGGCCCAUCACUUUGAGCGAGCUAGACACGAUCAUUGAAAGGCGAAUAAAUGACUCGAUCAAUCCUGUCAUCCUUCGUCGGAUUAUCGGCUUCUGUGGAUCGUUCCUAACAUUACGAGACGAGAACGUCACUUUUGUUCAUCAGUCGGCAAAGGACUUCCUCACUAUAGAGGCAUCCACUGAGAUAUUCCUCGAGGGCCUAGAUGACAAGCACCACGCGAUCUUCUCCCAAUGUCUAAAUGCUCUUUUCAAGACACUUCAACGAGACAUCCUUGGCCUCAAAUUUCCAGGAAUAUCCACAAAAGAUAUCAGCAUGCCUAGUCCAAAUCCACUAGCACCCGCUGAGUACGCAUGUGUCUACUGGGUGGACCAUCUCCACGAUUGUAAGAAUAACAUAACCUAUAGACUGAGUUUGAAGAAUAGGGAGAAACUGGACAAAUUUAUGCAGGAGAAGUUUCUCCACUGGCUCGAGGCUCUGAGCAUACUAGGAGUCCUUUCAGAUGGCAUACACGCUAUGAGAAGGCUGGAAAGUUUGAUUCAGGAGGAGAGUGAGUCAGAUGGCCUCUUGGAGCGAGCUCAAGACGCCAGUAGAUUCGUUCAAUAUCAUAGAGCAGGAAUCGAGAGCAGUCCGCUACAAGUUUAUUGCUCACCUCUCAUCUUUAGCCCGUCAAAGAGCCUGACUAGAAUAGCUUUCCAAGAAGAAAGACCUAAUUGGGUUUUGAACUAUCCUAGAGUGGAAGAAGACUGGAGUGCUUGCCUUCAAACCCUCGAGGGGCAUAGUGAAUCGGUCCAGUCAAUUACCUGGUCGCCAGAUGGAAGCCGACUUGCAUCAGGGUCAAGUGAUAAUACCGUCUGUAUCUGGGAUCCAGCCACCGGCCAGAGCGUGUCCACUCUCAACAGGCAUAGUCAUUCGGUCUGGGCGAUUGCCUGGUCGCCAGAUGGAAGCCGACUUGCAUCAGGGUCAAGUGAUAAUACCGUCCGCAUCUGGGAUCCAGCCAGCGGCCAGAGUAUGUCCACUCUCAAGGGGCAUAGUGCUUGGGUCCGGUCAAUUGCCUGGUCGCCAGAUGGAAGCCGACUUGCAUCAGGGUCUUGGGAUAAGACAGUCCGGAUCUGGGAUCCAGCCACCGGCCAGAGCGUUUCCACUCUCAAGGGGCAUGGUGAUUGGGUCUCCUCGAUUGCCUGGUCACUAGAUGGAAGCCGACUUGCAUCAGGGUCUUGGGAUAAGACAGUCCGGAUCUGGGAUCCAGCCACCGGCCAGAGCGUUUCUACUCUCGAGGGGCAUAGUGGUUGGGUCUCCUCGAUUGCCUGGUCGCCAGAUGGAAGCCAACUUGCAUCAGGGUCAGGUGAUAACACAGUCCGGAUCUGGGAUCCAGCCACCGGUCAGAGCAUGUCAAUCAUUCCUAACAUCCGUACCAAGUUCCUCAAAUUUGAUACCGCAGACUUGAAUCGGCUACACACCACCACUGGUACAUUUGACACAAGCUCAGUCGCUCCUGUGACCUCUAUACAUGAUAGUCCCACCCGAUCACUCCAGCAAUGCAGAUACGGACUGAAUGAUGAUCGUUCCUGGGUAACCUAUAAUGGGCUCAAUCUCUUAUGGCUACCCUCGGAAUAUCGCCCUCGUGACGUCUCAUUUUUCGCUAUGCAUGCAACCACCGUAGCUUUCGUCCUUUCUUCGAAUCGUGCCAUCUUUCUCGCACUUUCAAAUCAAUGUCCUGUACCCACACUUUGA